GAUCGAUUUGGGGCAGCACCGGACCUCCAUACUCCGCCGCUAUCUACUUUGGACUUCCCGAAGCCAAACUCAUGCUUGCUCACCCGCUCUCUGUGGGGGGUACUUGAGCAGGGUCUUAUCAACCUCGGGGCUCGCAAGUGCUGUGCUGAGCCCAAAGCUGAUAUCAGCGGCGACGCCAGCUAUCACGUAGCAAACGACUAUGAAACUCCUUCAAAUGUCCAAAUUGCGUCGACAGCUUCAUCUCUACCGAACGCGAUGACAGGUCUGCAAUUUUGGUGACAUAAGAAGCGCUUUUUGCUUGGCCAGCCUUUCUAGAACCAUGCGCCUCCGUGGUCAUCUGCCUACCCUAUCCCGUAGCUGCAGAUAUAAAGUGCGCCGUCGAGGGUCAAGUGAAGGUCGCGAGCAGCCAUGCAGCUUCUCAGCACCGUCCUGGUCGCUCUCGUAUUCAGCGGCACUCGCCUCGCUGACGCGUUGCAGAUCUCAUCGGCGGGCAUGACUGCGUUGUUGGGCAGUGUUGCAUACCAUGUUGCCCCUACUCCGGUCGCCACGCUCUCCCUCAGUAACUCCAGCGAGGCUGCGUCUCUGAAGUCCGGUGAGACGUUUGUGCCCUUCACUUUUGUGGAUGCUAGCGGAGGUAGCUUUGGGCCUGGCGACCUCGCUUCCGUGGUAGCAAAGAAUGCUGCCUCAGACGACGUAUGGUCCCCGAAUUUUCUGACCGGACUGUACAUAUCCUCCGCGGCUGCCCCUAGCCUCAGUCCGGGCAAUGGGACUGAAAUCAUUUUGUCUUCGUCGGACACACCGUUGAGCGCAUCCAUUCCCCCCGGCCCCUACAUCGUGAAUACUGUCACCGGUAACGUUUUUGAAGCCUGGCGCUUGUACAGUGACGAGAACCAGGCGUUCCUCUAUGGCACAGUGCCCGACGGCGAAGGCGGCUUCACCGAGCUCGACGCCAACAUAGACGGAGCGGCCACCGUCAGCGUUGCAGUGCCUUCACGCCUAUAUUUCACUCCAACUGCAGAGAAGCCCCUCGCUGGUGCGCGCAUCGCCGUGAAGGACAUCUACGACCUUCAGGGCCUGCGCACCGGCUGUGGCAGCCGCGCAUACUUCCACCAGUACCCGCCGAAGAACACGACCUGCCCUGCGAUACAGCGCCUCAUCGACGGUGGUGCCAUUAUAGUGGCGAAGGCGAAGACGUCCCAGUUCGCGAACGGCGAGACGGCCACGGACGACUGGGUCGACUACCAUGCGCCUUACAACCCUAGGGGCGACGGUUAUCAGGACGGCAGCUCCUCGUCUACUGGCUCUGGCACGAGUAUUGCUGCGUAUUCGUGGCUGGACUAUGCUGUGGGGAGCGAUACUGGCGGGUCGAUGCGUGGUCCCGCGGGUGUCAACGGUGUCUUCGGAAAUCGGCCCUCCCACGGAGCUGUCCCUCUGACCGAUGUCAUGCCACUGGCGCCGGAAUUGGACUCUGGAGGAAUAUUUGCUAGAGAUGCCAAGUCCUGGCAGGUCGCCGGCAACUGGUGGUACCAGAACUUUACACAGUUCAACAAGUACCCGUCAACCAUUCUAUUCCCAGUCGAUGCCUGGGGCAGCAGCUUCCUGACGGACCCGCCCAAGGCCGGCACUGCUGACGCAAUGUUCAACACCUUCAUCCAGAAGCUCGAAGGCUUCUUGAAUACGUCGCGGACGGAGUUCAACCUGACGACGAUGUGGAACGCGACGAGCCCGCUGAUAGCGAAUGUAUCGAACCCCCCACCGCCGCUGCGCACGGUGCUGAACACGACGUACGCCGACUUGAUCGCUCUCGACCAGAUCUCGCUCGUCGCGGACCCGUUCAUCGCGGACUACAAGGCGUCCCACGCCGGCCAGAGCCCGUUCAUCGACCCCGUACCGCUCGCGCGCUGGACCUACGGACGCACGCUCAACGCCACGGAGCGCAAGGCGGAGGCAAUCACGAACAAGACAGUCUUGAUGAACUGGUUCCAGAACACGGUCCUGAACGGGACAAACGACGAGACGUGUUCGAACGCGAUCUUCCUGUACCCGCAGAGCUCGGGAAAGACGAACUAUCGCAACGCGUAUCUCGACCCGCCGACCCCACCUUUUGGCUUCAGCACUGACACGAUCGCGAUAUACGCGGAGACUCCUGAUAUGGUCGUUCCAGUUGGAGAGCUUCCGUACAACUCCACCAUCAGUCUCACGAUCGAGACUUUACCUGUCACCAUCAGCUUUGUUGCUCAGAAGAACUGCGAUCUCAUGCUGUUCAGCCUCUUCGCUGCCUUGCAGGAUGCCGGGAUCGUCAGCCCUGUGGUCACGGGACAGAAGAUGUUCGCAUAA